UUCGUCUCCCUCACUAUAAAUACACCACGCUCUCAAUUUCUCUCCUCCAAGACUCUCUCUCUCUCUCUCUCUCCCCAUUCUUGUUUCAAUCACUGAAACCUCAUCGAUUCCAUGGGUUCCGUGUUGAAGAAGCUGAAGAAGGCUCUCACUCCGAAGCUGCGCUGCGACUCCUCCUCCUCCACCGCAACCUCUCCGCCUCGCCCCUCCGAAACGACGUCGUCUGAGUUCUCCAUAACAUCUUCCAGCUUCUCCCGCGAGGUCGAUUCCGAUUCCUUUAAAUGUUGCACCAUUUGCCUGAGUAACGUGAAAAGAGGGCAAGGCCAAGCCAUCUUCACUGCUGAGUGUUCCCACUCUUUCCACUUCGACUGCAUUGCCAAAAACGUCGAGCAUGGAAAUCUUUGCUGCCCUAUCUGCAGGGCCAAAUGGGAUAGAAUUAAUGUACCGUUCCAAGCUCCCAAUGAUAGUGUGGAUCCUCAGCGAAACCACUUGGGCAGUAUCCAUCCUCAUCCUGAGCCCUUCUCUGACGAUGAGCCUUUACUUACCACCUCUUCUACUCAGUCAUCUGUCUCCCAGAGUGUGACAAUUAAGACUCACACAGAGUCACCUGCGAUCUCUGCUUCAGAAUCACGGGCAAAUUUUCCUGUGCUUGUCAGCAUUCGUGCACCACCUCUUGAGGACCCUAAUGGCCACAGUCGUACACCCGUUGACCUUGUAACAGUUCUGGAUGUAAGUGGCAGCAUGGGUGAAACAAAGCUUUCCCUUGUCAAGAGUGCUGUCAAAUUUCUCAUCCAAAACUUGGGGCCUUCAGACCGGCUGUCUAUAGUAUCAUUCUCAACAACUGCUACAAGGGUGUUUCCUCUACGAAGAAUGUCUGAUGAUGGCCGUGAGAGUGCCAUCCUAGCUGUUGAAUCACUUAGAUCAAGUGGUGGAACUAGCAUUGCGGAAGGACUCAAGAAAGGAACUCGAAUCCUUGAAGAACGAAGGGAAAGGAACCCAGUAGCUAGCAUCAUGCUCUUAUCCGAUGGCAUCGAUUCAUACUAUCCAGGUGGAAGCCAACUGAAGAAGCAAUUGCCUGCCUCCAUUUUUUCUAGCAAAACAGAACAUGGAAUUCCAGUCCACACAUUUGGGUUUGGCAAGGACCAUUGUCCAACUACUUUGCAUACUAUAUCUGAUGCAUCAAGCGGAACCUUUUCCUUCAUUGAAUCAGUUGAGAUGAUACAAGAUUCCUUCGCUAUAUGCAUUGGUGGUCUUCUCAGUGUUGUGACUCAAGAAUUGCGACUGACACUCAAGUCAGCAACACGUGGGGUGAUGAUUGUAGCAAUACCAUCAGGGAGAUAUUUCAGUGAGAUUUCUGACGAGGGAAAGCAAGGUGUUGUUACUGUUGGAAAUAUGUACGCAGAAGAGGAGAAGCAAUUUCUGGUAUACCUCUUUGUUCCGAAAUCCUCAAGAAGUGCCACCAAAACAUCAUUGUUGGAGGUGUUAUGUAUGUACAAAGAUCUAGCUGCAAAUGAGUUGAUUCAGGUUCCAGGUGAAAGAAUAGAAAUACUGAGACCUAAGGUUUGUUCCCCUGCUGAAAAGGCAGUGUCUUUGGAGGUUGAUCGGCAGUGCAACAGGGUUUCAGUCGCUGAAGCUAUUGCAGAGGCACAACGGAUGGCUGAGAUGGGAAAUCUGAAGGGUGCAAAGGCGACUUUGGCUCAAGAAAGAUCAACUCUCUUGUCAUCACCAGCUGCCCAAGCCGGGGACAGCCUCAUUACUUUGCUUGAAGCUCAGCUCACCGAAGUCAUUCAUAGAAUGGCAACAAUGGAUUUGUAUACACUGACCGGCCGUGCUUACGCUCUCUCAGAAAUGAGCUCGCACUCAUUGCAAAGAGCCGCAGCUACAGGUGACUCGACAACCUGGAGUCUCACCAUGAGUGAAGGUGGAAAUUCUGCCACCAGUAGUCGUGCGUUUGAAACACCUCAUAUGAGCAGAAUGCUGAGGUUAUCGCACAAUCUUGGGACUAAUCCUGCAGCAUGACAACAACUAGUAUACUGAUUAACUAAAUAAGUCUUGGCUUGACCCCAAUUUGGUUAGCUAUGGUGUGACUAGGAUACAGCAUUAAUCAUCGACUGCUUCAUCCUUCAGUAAUAGACUGAUCGGAAACUCAAGAAAUGUUUUAUAUUUCCGAUCAGGAAUCGUCUUCAUAGUUUGUAUGGAUUGGAUUUAUCUUAUAAUAGAGGAUCAGUACUAAUAAUUCGAUUUUCUAUUUAUUCA